CGUUGCCUUUGCCUUCAUUUUCUGUCAUUGCAACAUUUCAUUUCUGGUCUAGAACUAAGCCAAAAAAUGUCUAUAAAUACGGAAACAUUUGAUAAACUUAUAGCCGUUAUUGGCGAUGAGGACACCUGCGUGGGCUUUCUGCUUGGCGGCAUUGGUGAAGUCAGCGAGGGUGAGGAGCGCGAACGCAACUUUUUCGUGGUGGAAGCGGCUACCACUGCCGCUGAGAUUGCUGCCUGCUUUAAGAGGCUUUUAGAGCGUCCCGACAUUGGCAUCAUUUUGAUCAAUCAGAUCUAUGCGGACAUGAUCCGCCCCACAGUGGACGCACAUUUGCUGCCGUUGCCCACUGUCGUGGAGAUACCAUCGAAGCAGCAGCCCUACGAUGCCAGCAAGGACUCGGUUAUGAAGCGUGCAUAUGGUAUUAUCAAUCCGCCCAGGCGGCGCCACUAAUGGCUCGACUUUGGCAAUCAAUUAGGGCCUGUGGCAGAGAGCUAAAUGAAAGAUUUGCAUAGUUUACAGAAGUAUCUAGCAAAAUGCCAUUGCCAAAGCCAUUUCAAUAGUGCCCCAAAGAAAAGGCAAGGCCCGAACAAAGGGAAGCCCAGGAAUACCCAAUAUACACACGAAGAAAUAAGAAAAUAAAGCUUAGGAAAUUGCCAAAAAAAAAAAUAGAAAGAAAAGUGCAGCAGCAACAGCAAUCUGAAAAGAGGAACAAAAAUGCGUUGGCGCUUGCAACAAAAUUGAAAAGCAGCAACAGCAACAGCAAAACCACAACAACAAGAACUACAGGAACAACAACAACAGCAGCAGGGAGCAACAAUAGAAGUAGCAAAUAGCAAGAGCAACAGCAACAGCAGCGCCAUAACAAAAAGUAACAACAAAGUGAACGAAAACGAUACAAAUAAGCGCCGAAAAUGCCAAUACAUGGCCAAAAAAUGCA